AUGGACGCUCUAUCUCAGAAAGAGCUUGAUCAUGCAGAGAAUGAGGUGAACUACUCGAUCCCGCAAAAGGUCUACUGGCAAAAACUGGCACCCUGGUCCAAUUCACUCCUAUCCUUCGGCCAAGUCGUCAAGCACUGCUACCGACCGUUUCUGAUCAUGUUUAGCAUUCCUGCUCUCUUUACCAUCGCCAUCGAGUAUGGCGUGGUGACCGCUUCGGACUCUGUCGUCGCGCUCACAGUCGUUCGGGACGUUAUAUCGACUAUCAUCGUGUUUGCGCUUCAGCCGUGGGUUGACCGUGUCGGACUGAACCGGUUCUAUGUCACUUUGGGCUUGAUCACUAUGGCCAUCAUGAUAGGGAAUCUGCUCUUCAUCUAUUCUGGUAAAACCUUUCGCGUGAAGCCUGCAGGCAGAUAUCGCCAUUUUGCGGCCUAG